AUGAUAAUCCAUCAAUGGUAUCCACUUCUUUUUCCAAUCUUACCAGCAUUUCAUCUUUUAUUCUAUGUCAUCUGCUCACGUCUAUUCUCACCAUGCUACAUCAAAUCUGAUAAUCUUUUCUCUUGGAAUUAUUAUCGAUGGUGGUUUUUGGAUCGAUUGUGGAAUAAUAAUAUAUUUUGGUUGAAGCAUAUACUUGGCACACCACUCUACAACUAUUACCUUCGUCUUUGUGGUGCACGAAUUAGCCUCAAUACACAUAUUUAUACCACAAUUAUCGAUGCUCCAUCGUUGUUAGAAAUUGAUGAUGGGAGUUGGAUCGCUAAUGAAACGUAUCUGAACUGUUUAUAUUUUAAUGAUGAUAACACUUUCAAACUGAGUCCAAUUAUAAUUGGAUCUAAUUGCUCAAUAGGUACACGAUCGGUUCUAUUUGAUGGAAUUGAUAUGCAAAAUAAUAUUAUGGUUCAACCAAUGUCAUCGGUCACUGGCUUCGUCGGAUCUGAAACGAUUGUCGAUGGUGAAGAACAUCAAUUCCUUUCUUCAAACAUAUCCAUUAUGCAAAUAUAUAAAGUUUGUUCAGUUAGACAAAUACCACUACUGUUUAGUAUUGCUUUUUGUUGGACUCUAUGGUCAAUUAUUGGUUGUUUUAUUUCGCUUCUCCUCUUGAAAGUCAUAGUAGGACCCUGUGCUGCUGGUGAAAUAUAUCCGAUAGCAUCUAGGUUAUAUUUACAAAAAACAUGGCUUCGUCAAUUAAUUGUAUCUAGUUUUCAUCAUGCUUGGCUAUUACCGACUGGCUACGAUUAUCUUUAUCCUUAUGUUCUCCGUUGGUUAGGUGCUCAUAUCGAAGAGAAUGUCAAACUCGCUCAGAUAGACACUUUUCUAUUAUGUCCAACAAAUCUGUUGAAACUUAAAACAGGUGCCACUGCUUUUGGUGGAGUCUUAAUAGUUCCUACUGAGUUGACACUCUCAGGUCAUCAUCAUGUAGAUCAAAUAAUACUUGGAUCUCAUACGAACCUUGCCAAUGGAUGUUCAAUCUUGCCUGGCAGUUGCUUUGAAUAUGAGACAAUGAUUGGCAAUUUAACACGUGUCUCACGAGAGACAAACAGCAAAGACGGAGAAGUUUUCAUUGGUGUUCCAGCUCGUAUAAUGCCAUUUCAGAUGCCUGUAAGGUCAAAAGUACAAGAUCAGAUCGAAGUCAUACCAUUUUGGCGUACAUGUUUGUCUCAUUAUGUCAGCAAAUGUCUUUUAUUAUGCAUUUAUUCAUUUGGUGGUCUCGUUGGUGGAUCAAUCAUUCAUACAAUGCUUGUCUGUGGCCUCUAUCGAUGCCGUUCAUAUAUACGUUAUCAAAUCAUAGAACAAAUGAUAGCAAGAAUGAGUCAAGAUCAUAAACAAUUUAUUUGUCCAUUUCUUGGUAAUACGCAGUGGCUCAUUCGACUAUUUCGAGCAUACGGUGCUCUUAUUGGUGAGAAUACUAUAAUACUUGAUAUAUCCAGUAUUACCGAUUAUCAUUUGAUGACUAUUGAAGAUGAUGUUCGAUUUAAUGUGCGUACACAGAUACAGGGUCACAGUUUCGAACAACGUAUUUUUAAACUAGCUCCUGUAUCAAUCGGUAAUUUAUGUGUACUGAUGAGUGGCUCCAUUGUAAUGGCAGGUUGCAAACUGAUGGGUAACAAUCGUCUUUAUCCCAUGACAUUAAUAAUGAAAAAUGAUCAAUUAUCACUGAAUACUCACUGGAAAGGGAUUCCUGCACGUAAGUUAUUCAGACAGAUGAUCUGUUCUUAUAUAAGACUUACAAGAUAA